AUGUCUAAACACGUCGUAGCUGCAUUGCAAAUCGGAGCUGAUCCCAAGGGAACCCAAGCGACCCUUGGAAAGAUCUUGAGCUACGAAGCUGAGUUGAAGGAAAAAAAAGUUGAAUUGGUUGUGAUCCCUGAAGCCACUUUGGGAGGAUAUCCUAAGGGAUCGCACUUUGGGACAUAUUUGGGCUAUAGAUUGCAAGCUGGCAGAGAGAAGUUUGCUGAAUAUUUCAAGGGUGCAAUUGAUGUUCCUGGUCCGGAAAUUGAGCAAUUGGAAACAUUAAGUGCUUCCACAGGAGCGUCCAUUGUGAUUGGAGUAAUCGAAAGAGGUGGUUCUUCAUUGUACUGUACCGCUGUAUACAUUGACUCUGUAAAGGGUUAUGUUGGCAAACACAGAAAGAUUAUGCCUACUGCAACUGAGAGAUUGAUCUGGGGUCAAGGAGAUGGUUCUACAUUAAUUACGGCCGAUUUUGAAGGUUUGGGUAAAGUUGGUGGUGCUAUCUGCUGGGAGAACUUUAUGCCUUUGUUGAGAGCUUCCUUCUACGCGAAAGGACUCAACAUCUACGUUGCACCUACAGUGGAUGAUAGAGAUGGAUGGACAGCUUUGAUCAGAACUAUCGGAAACGAGGGUCGUCUUUUUGUGGUCUCUGCAGUUGCAUUCUUGCCUACAGCACAAGCUGCCCAAUUGGACAUGCCUGGCUGGCCAGAAGGAAAGAAUGCUAUCGAUGGAGGUUCGCUCAUCGUCAAUCCUUACGGAGAUAUCAUUGCUGGACCAUUGAGGGGUAAAGAAGGUUUGUUGACUGCUGAGAUUGACUACGAUAUCAUUCCUCAGGCCAAAUACGACAUGGAUCCAGUGGGCCAUUAUCUGAGAGGAGACAUUUUCCAGUUGACAGUAGACCAGACCCCGAGAGAUGCUGUUGUCUUCAAGUAG